UUUAGUGAAUAUCUUCUUACGAUCGAGAUCAACCGCACCUCCUCCUUUAUAGAGCUUAAAUUUCUUUAUUUUCGGAGUUCGGACACACAGAAGAGAAGGAAAAUAAGAAAACAAGAAGGAUGGAGAUUUACGCCUACCCAUCUCCCUCUGCUUCUCCUUUUCCUUCUUUUUCUUCUUCCUUCGGGAUUUGGGUUGAAAAGAUAAGAGACAUUUGUAGGUCCGGGGUGUCUGCAGUUCUUGGAAACCUCGUCUCUGCAAUUUUCACCUUCUUUUUCGCAUUGGUGGGUUGUACAUUAGGAGCCAUGACAGGAGCUUUGAUAGGCCAAGAAACAGAGAGCGGGUUUUUCCGUGGAGCCGCAGUUGGAGCCAUCUCCGGAGCAGUUUUCUCAAUUGACGUCUUUGAGUCUUCUCUUAAUCUUUGGCAUAACGACGAAACAGGAAUUCGAUGUCUCCUCUUCUUGAUCGAUGUUAUCGUGAGUCUAAUUAGUGGAAGACUUGUUCGGGAGCGGAUUGGUCCUGUGAUGCUUAGUGCCGUACAGAGUCAGAUGGGUGCUAGAGAAGCGAACUACGAUGAGGUGCCCAACAUAUUCGAAACGGGCGGGACCAAAGGGAUGUCGGGAGAUUCGGUUGAGAAGAUCCCAAAGAUGAGAAUUACAACCAACAACAACGUCGAUGCCUCCGGGGAGAAGGUCUCUUGUUCUGUGUGCCUUCAGGACUUCCAGCUUGGAGAGACAGUUCGAAGCUUGCCCCACUGUCACCACAUGUUUCAUCUACCUUGCAUCGAUAAAUGGCUCAUCAGACAUGGCUCUUGCCCAUUAUGCAGAAGGGAUCUGUAAUCAUCCUAGUGUGAAUUACAAGGUGAAAUAGGAGUUGUUUGUUUGUUUAUUUUAUUGAUUUUUACGUGACUAAUACCGGCUCUUCAGUUUUCUCUCCCUCUCUUACACCCUUUGUAACUAAUCCUUGUGUUUAAUGUCGGAGUUACCAUACCAUCACUAUGAUCAUUGUAAAUUCAAAGCGAGUAUGUAUAAAUUGAGCUUUUUCCUUUU